ACAAGUCCUUGACAAGUAGCUGACGCUAUGAAACUGAAAACUUCAAUUUAAGAUUACUUUAUUAUUUUAAUUUCUUUCCUCCAAAAGAAACCGCAAGCAAGAUGUCAAACUUUGGACGUUGGCAUUCAUGACGCCUUUGACUAAGAUAGCCAAAUUUAAUACAAAAACCUGAAAAAAUAUCAGCUUUAUAGCAAAUUUAUGAGCACAGUUCAAGUUUGGGAUUUGUUUUUCAUUUUCUUGGGAUUUGGUGGUGUUUUGGAUAAUGGGUUGGAAGUACAAAGCUGGGUUAGGAUUGAUUAGCACUGUUGUGAUAAUAUGGGUCACUUCUGCAGAAGUCACUCAGCGAAUCUUUGAAAUGUAUAAACAACCAUUUGCAAUCACGUAUCUGGGGGUAUCUCUUAUGGUGGUCUAUCUACCUAUAGCACUUGUAAGAGACUGGUUCUGUAGCUUGUUCCAUUCUGGUUUGUCUAUGAACCUUUACAGUGGCAACUCUGUCAUUGCCUCUACCAUUGGACUCAAUAUCCCGCCGCUUAGGGUCAAUGAUAUGAACGAUGACCUGGAAAGUGACCUAAGAGGUUGCCUAAUCACCGACAAGGAUAUUGGUGAAGAGGGGGAGGGGUGGCCUUUGAACGUGAAGGACGAAGAAGAUGAACCCAACUUGCUUCAGCAGAAUUCUGAACUUUGUUCAUGGGAAAUUUGCAAGUGCAGUUUAUAUCUUGCUCCAAUAUGGUUUAUUACAGAGUAUUUGUCAAAUUCAGCACUUGCGAAUACAAGUGUCGCAAGUACAACAGUCUUGACUUCUACUUCAGGGCUUUUCACCCUUUUAUUUGGAGCUGUUCUUGGACAAGAGACUAUAAAUUUUGCUAAGGUUGUGGCAGUUUUUAUCACCAUGGCUGGUGUUGCUAUGACCACAGUCGGAAAAACUUGGGCACGGGAUGAAGCGUCGAGCUUUUCUGAGACAAGAAGGCACUCCAUCAUAGGGGACAUUUUUGGUCUUUUCUCAGCAAUAUCAUACAGCUUGUUUACUGUACUACUCAAGAAAUGUGCUGGAUCAGAUGGGAAUAAGGUUGAUGUGCAGAAGUGCUUUGGAUACAUCGGUCUCUUCACGCUUCUUGGCCUUUGGUGGCUUUUGUGGCCACUAAAUGCUGCAGGGAUCGAACCAGCAUUCAGUUUUCCGCAUUCAUGGUCUGUUGGCGAAAUUGUGCUGGUAAAUGGCUUUGUGGGAAGUGUUCUAUCUGACUACUUUUGGGCCCUCUCAGUGGUUUGGACAACACCAUUGGUUGCGACGCUAAGCAUGUCCUUGACAAUACCCCUCGCCAUGCUAGCUGACAUGGUUAUACAUGGUCGUCGCUACUCCGCAAUCUACAUAUUCGGAUGCAUUCAGGUUUUUGCAGGAUUUAUUAUAGCCAACAUUUCGGAUAAAUUUUCAGUGAAGAGGGAGUUAUUAUAGCAGAGGCUUGUAAACAACGGGAAUAUACACACCAUCUGGGAAGAAACAAGCUCUCCCCCUCCUGUUGUACUGUGGACAAAACAAGUAGCUACUGCUUGUUCUAUAUAACGUCGACUAUAUUAAUUUGUCGGCACAGCAAUCUUUAAGCACUGGAAAUUGAGUUUCUCAUCUGAAAUUAGAAUAAAUUGCUAACUGCUAAGCUCUA